UUGACCUUUUCUAUCAUUUUUCGUAUUUGCAGGUUUUGGUUGAAUAUGACGAUGUGGAAUGGCAUAGAAGAGAAUGGAUCAGUGUGUACAAAGAAGGCCUUUUUCACCUAUUUCUUGUUGAACAAGGAUUGUCCUGGGGCGAUCGCACCGAUCCUUUCGCAACGUCACAGGCUCAAGUGUUAUGGCCUGCACUUACAUUUGUUGCGAUGGUUUCCACCGUAGACGUUCCACUCCACUUACAGCCAAUAGAAUUUUUAUUUGAUAAAGAACUAGCCUUUAGAGAUUACAAGCAGCUGAAGCAAUACAAGGAUUGGGAUCCGACUAUUCCUGGCGUGAAAGAGUAUCCCGAGGUGAAGGCGGCCGUUAGAUGUUGGCACGAGCAGCAAGACGGACAAAGGAUUUUGCUUACUACACCAAGCGUCUUGGUUGGAUAUCGAGUGGAGGUUUAUCGAGCGGAAGGAACAACCCAGUGGUACACGGCUGUAAUAAUCGGAUAUAACGAAGCAACUCGUGUGAGUAUUUUUUAGUGCACUU